AUGUCUACUCAAGAUAUGCGUAAACUUCAAUCUGUAUUAAGAUCUAUUGAAACUAUCGAAGAAAAAACAAAUGCACUCUAUUCUCAAUAUACAACAUCAAUAAAUGAUAAUCUUCAACCUAUACUUAUUGAUGAUUCAAAUAUUCAUUUACAAACAUUCUUUCAACAUCUCGAACAAUUAUUAGAACUUGACUUAAAAAAUCGAAAAUCAUUAUUAAAUAAUAAUAAUAAUAAACGAAACUAUUGGAAUUUCUUUGCACUUGCACUUAAAGAAAGUAAAGGUUUAUAUGAUACAGUAUUGUAUGUUCUUAAUAGUCAAGAAGUAAAAACAUCUACUGGUCGUGGACGUUUAUUUCUUCGUUUUUGUCUACAAAAUCAUCGUUUAGGUGAUGUUAUACAACAAAGUUUCAUGACGUCAAAAGUUGUCAAUCAAUGUUAUAUUGAUGAAUGUUUCUGGACAACACCAACAUAUAUGAAUCGUAUUAUACAAGCAUUAUAUCAAUUAAAUGAUCUUCAAUUCGAUCUUCUUACAAAUUCACAAUAUCAACUCGAUGUUUGCUGGCCAACUAUAGAAUCAGUUGAAAGUCGUCCAAAAGCUUUAUCAGAUGCUGCAUCACGAAUGAGAAAUAGUAGUGUAUCAAGUUUCCUAUCAAUGAAUAGUAUUGAUUCUCAAUCAAUUAUUUCAGUUGUUCCUGAUAUUUCGAAUUCAAUUUCCAUUACACCAUCACUAUUUCGAAAUUGUGAAUCAUCAAUAAAUGAUGGUAGUUCAGCACAAUCUCUUUCAUCUGUUGAUGAAGAUCCUGAAAAUACAGUGAUAUAUUGGAAACAAAAAUGUCAUCAAUUAGAGAUACAACUACAAGAAAUACAAACAUCGAAUUUAGUAUCAUCGAAAGAUAUUGAUAUUCAAUGUUCAAUUAUUGAAAAUAAGCAAAGAAAAAAUUCGGAAGAAUCUAGUGAUAAAGAAUUCUUAAAUAAAUUAAAUCAUGAGAAUGAACAAUUAAAAAAUCAACUUACGAUAUUAAAAGAAGAAAUAACGAAUCUUAAUUUUCAACUUUCAUCUAUUUCGAUGCAACGUUCGACAACAACAGAUAAAAUUAAAGAUUAUGAACGUGAUUUAACUCAAUAUCAAACAAUAAUUAAAGACAAAGAUACUCGAUUUAAUGAAUUACAACAAAAAUAUGAUGAACAAACAAAUGGUGUACAAUCAAUAAAAGACGAAUAUUCAUCUCAAACCAAUGAACAAAAUCAACAAAUUAAAGUAUUAGAAGAUGAACUUGAAAAAUCGAGAAAAUUACUUGAAGAUGAACAAAUAUUAAUGGAAAAACAACGACACGAAUAUAUGAAAACUCAAGAACAAUUAGAAGCUUCAUUACAAGAACGAACACUUGAUUUUGAAGAAAUGAAACGUCGAUUAGUAAAAGCUGUUCGUGAAAAAGCUGAAUUAUUUAAUUCUAUACAUUCGUAUGAAAUUAAACUCGAAGAAGAACAAUCAAGAAAAUGGGUUGCUGAUGAAGAUAGUUCUAAUUGUACAAAAUGUAAUACAGUAUUUGGAUGGACUGUGAGAAAACAUCAUUGUCGACAUUGUCAAAAAAUCUUUUGCUAUUACUGUUCAAAUAAUUGGAUGCAAAGUUCAAAAACUAAUUCUCCACAGUACCGUAUAUGUGAUUAUUGUAAUGAUAAAUUAUUAAAAGAAUCUCUCAUGCCAAAUAAUAUAAUACAUAGUGAUUUCCUGAAUAAUCACGAAAUAACCGAUAAUGUCGAUCUUCAUUUUGAAGUUCGACCAGAACGUUUACAUCCAACAGCAGAUACUGAAUCAACAUCUUAA